UAGCUUCUACUUCCUUAUGGUUUCUUGCCACCACAUUCUUAAGCUCUCUAUAUUAGUUUUCACAAUAAAAUCUCCAAAAAGUUGGAAUUUUCCAAUGAAGAAUCAUCAUUCCUUGAUGCUUUUAUGCAUUUCUAUGCUUGUAAUUUGUCAAAAUUUAGGCAAUGUGGAAGGGAGGUAUCAUUUCCACAAGAAGCUAAAGGGCAAAACUUCAAAUAGAGUUUCCCCUGCCUAUGCACCAACUCCUGAGGACCAUAUUUCCCAACCUCCUGAUUAUCCUCCACCGGUUCCUUCUGAUCCGAGCUACGCUCCAGCCCCAUCCGACGUGAGUGACCCAGGAAACUCAACCGGCGACUGCAUUUUCGACGUCAGGUCUUUCGGGGCAGUAGGUGAUGGUGACAAUGACGACACUGCCGCCUUCCGGGCUGCUUGGAAGGAAGCCUGUCAAGUGGAAUCAGGUGUCGUUUGGGUUCCAUCAGAUGGCACUUUCAUGAUCACUUCAACAAUUUUUUCAGGCCCUUGUAAAUCGGGACUAGUUUUCCGAGUGGACGGGGUACUAAUGCCGCCUAAUGGACCGGAUUGCUGGCCAAAAUCAGAUAGCAGUAAGCAAUGGCUAGUGUUUUAUCGGCUCGAUGAUAUGACUCUCACCGGUACCGGAACAAUUGAAGGUAAUGGACAAAAGUGGUGGGAUCUUCCUUGCAAACCUCACAAGGGCCCUGGUGGAUCGACAUUGCCGGGACCAUGUGAAAGCCCUGCAUUGAUUCGUUUCUUCAUGAGCUCCAAUUUAGUGGUCACGGGGUUGCGAAUCAGAAACAGUCCUAAGUUUCACAUGAAAUUCGAUGGCUGCAGAGGAGUACUCAUCGACAAGUUGUCCAUAUCUUCGCCUAAACUGAGCCCCAACACGGAUGGUAUUCACAUUGAGAACACAAAAUCUGUCGGAAUAUACAACUCUGUGAUCGGAAAUGGGGACGAUUGCAUCUCAAUUGGAACUGGUUGUUCAGAUGUUGAUAUAGAAGCCGUUACAUGUGGACCAAGUCACGGUAUCAGCAUUGGAAGCUUAGGGGUGCAAAAUUCCCGGGCGUGCGUUUCCAACAUUACAGUUCGCAAUGCAAUCAUAAAAGACUCGGACAACGGACUCAGAAUCAAGACGUGGCAAGGAGGGUCUGGGUCGGUGACCGGCAUCUGGUUCGAGAAUAUUCAGAUGGAAAAUGUCCGAAACUGCGUAAUUGUCGAUCAGUACUACUGCUUAUCAAAAGCUUGUAGGAACCAAACCUCGGCUGUUUACUUGACGGAUGUAACAUACAGAAACAUAAAGGGAACUUAUGAUGUUAGAAGUCCUCCAAUACAUUUCGCUUGUAGUGACAGUGUUGCCUGCACGAACAUUACAAUGUCGGAAGUCGAGCUGCUACCCUAUGAAGGUGUUUUAGUCGACGACCCUUUUUGCUGGAAUGCAUACGGCAUUCAGGAGACAUUAACUAUACCACCAAUUGAUUGUUUACAAGAGGGAAUGCCCCGGUCACUGGCAGAGAAUUCCUUAUAUGACUGUUAAAAGAACUCCCAAGUAUUGGUAAUUUUUAUAGUACUAGAGCUAGCUAACCAGAAUACUGUAUAGAUUUCUACACCUCUAGAUUCAUUACUUUCUGGGUCUGCUUAGAUUCAUCCCAUCCCUCUGGGAUUAUUUCCCUUAUCGUGUGAUGGAAAUGUACAAUGUUAUAUGGGUACAUUCUUCUACCCUGCUAUGUAACAGAGUCGACUUAUAAGCCAGAAAUGAGUGUGAAAUAACAGUUCUCAUCUCAUCUCAUCUCAUCUGCCUCUCUCAUUGUAAUCCCUAUUUUCAUUAAAAUAAUUUCAUGCUGCGUCUAGAAUUUUCAGGCAACCUUGAAUGUAACAAAAAGCUAAAACUUUGAUAUACAUUUCCCUCCGUGGAUCAGGCUAUUAAAGGAAACAAGAACUACAAACUUACACUGUAUUUGAUCGGAAAAUAGAAUCAGCCAACACAGAUCGUAACCCCACGAAAACCGAAAUACACCUCAUCUAUGAUGUAUGUUACUCACGGUCUGCAAGACAUACCUACAGCCACGAUCAAGUAUGACUGAUAUCCUUAAAUUCAUAACAAAAAAUUGUAACACUCCAACAUAAAAAAAAAAAAAAAAAAAA